CCAGACUGUUCCAGCAACUCCUGAGGAUUUGAGAAGAAGAGGUCUUUUCUCAGCAGAAUCUCAGGAUGAAGAAAUAUCACAGGCUUCUUUAUCAAUCAGAAUUUCAGUUCACUCCAAAAUAAGUCCAGGCAUUAAAAGACAACAAGUCCAGCAGGCAAGGUUACAAAGACUUGGCAGCUCCUCGGGCUCCUCUCCAAACAAUGGAUAUGAAAAUCUAAAUGGGAGAAAUGAAUUAGUUCUUUCAAACUCUAUAAAUCAAACAGAGGAAGCCCCAGGAAAAAAUUCAGUUGAAGAUGAUAUAUUUUGUUGAUUUGGAAUGAUGUUUUUGUCUGUCCAUUACAAUUGGAGUAGAUGAGCUAGCUGUCUCUAGUUUCACAAUUUAUUUGAUAUGAGAUUGUUUAACUGCUAAGCUCUUCUCAGUGCAUUAGGUGUGUAUGAAGUGAGAAACAGUUGUGCUUGUAUCAACAGGAUUUGACACAUUUGGGUAAACCACCUGUAGAGUCACAAAUUAUGCACACUUCUCUUCAUAAUGACCACUGUAUUGUAAUUUGUACCACUUGAAAUCUGUCAGACUUGGUAAUUAUAAACAAUUGUCAAGCAGUCAGACAGUCUGAUUACUGCAUGAUAGAAUAUAUAUAAAGCAGCUUCCAGGAUCUGUAUUCCCAUUUCUUUUCAUCAUGGACACUGAUACUGUUUGGAAAGUAUUUCUGCUUGCUGUGCGAUGUGCUGUUACAAUUUCAAAUAGCUUUGCUCUGCCUUUGGAUCAGUCUACUCCAUCUACCAGUGAGAUGGAAGAAUAUUCUGGGGAAGAGAACAACCAGAAUUCAAACGCUGACAUGAUGCUGAAUGAUGGUGCAGUUCCCAGUCUUGCUCAAGUUUUUAGGAAUUCUUUCACCAGUUAUCCCACAGGUAUUCACACUAAAGUAGUAUACACUACUUCAAUUCAUCACAGAAUCAAAAUGCAAGUAAAGCGUAGGAUAUUUCGACAUUCACAAAUAUUAUAUGCUGCCUUAAAAGUAUACAAAUAUGGUUCGAGGCCAAGUGAAAGAAGAAUGUUCCCUCGACAAGCCAGAGUGAGUUUAUACCUCAUCAAGGAUAAAGCAGUCAUGCCACUUGAUUCAAGAUUGGUGAACAUCCAUACCUCUGAAUGGCUGCAGUUUGAUGCCACGGAAGCUGUAUCUUUAUUUGUACAUCAACCACACCUCUUCAAGGGACUAGAAGUUAGAGUGAAUAGCAUACGCCCUGGGGUUCAUGCUGCUAGAGCUGCAAGACAAGUUCAUCUUGUAACAGAUGAAAAACACAACAGGAAGAGACACAGACCAUUCUUUGUAGUUUACUUUAGUCACAAAAAAGGUAACAAUUGAAGGAAACACUGCAGAGUCAUACCCUAUACCAGGGCGACAGAUUGAUUUUCCACAGAUAUUCACAGAUGUGUCUAUAGAUAAAUAGACAGUCAUUUUGGCUC